GCACACAGGCCUGUUGUCUGAUGUUUCCGUCGUUUCUCUGAAACUAUGCCCCCCCCACCCCUCGGUUUCUCCAAACUGCCUCUGUUUGUUUGUCUGAAGGCGUGGUGUCACGGGAGCCAUUGAGUGGGCGGCGCGGCGCACGGCCAUGAGGAGAGGCUUCGGUAAAACAGAUUGGAGUGUGUGUGUAGGUGGGGUUAAUGAGGACCGUGGACUUUGUGGGCUGUUUGAAACGGCGGUGUCUGUGAAGCGGGCAGGUGCUGAGGGGGCCGCGGGCUUGCAUGACUCGCUGUGUGCGUGUUUCCAAGUGAGACGGCGAAAACUGCAAAAAAAAAUAAAAUAAUGAAAGGGGUUAGAAAAACAAGUGUAACAACAAGGAUGGGAGAGGUGUGCGCCUCGACCUGAGCCAGUUCAUUCGGAGCAGCAGCGCCGGUCGCCGUGGAGAUGGACAUGAAGGAGCGGCGGCACCGCUCCCUGACCCGGGGACGCAGCAGGAAGGAUUUCCCCCACGCCACGGCUUCCCCAGAGCCCGAGGAGUGUCGCGUCGCCACACAGGCGUCGUACAGCUCCAGCGAAACGCUCAAGGCCUACGACACACACCUGCGCUACGGGGGCUGUGUGGCGGAGCUGGUUCACCGCGAACAUGAGGAGUACGUUCGUCAAGGGAGCUUCACGCUGGCGGAGCUGGGAGUGAGCGACCAGCCCACCCAGACCCAGGCCGCCUAUCAGCCCCCCCGCUCUGAGCUGGGCCUACUGCAGCGGGGCUACUCCCUCAGCGCCGGCUCUGACUCCGACCCCGAGGGGGUCAUGUCCCCGGAACGCGCCGUCCAGCUGUGGGGCGGGUCCCGUCGCAGCUCCGGCCUCUCCAGCCGGGAGAACUCGGCCCUCACGCUCACCGACUCGGACAACGAACACAAGUCUGACGAUGAGUCAGCAUGCCUUGGCUACGAGGAUGCAGAGGAGCUGUUCAGUCACGGCCGUUUCGGUCGCCCCCUACCUCCCACACCUUCGUCCAGCCUGCUACCCCCUGCCCCACCUCCACCCUCCGGCCCUCCCAAUCCCGCCCCCCAGGCCAUCAGGGAGUGUCAAGUGCCCCUGUUGGACAGCGGCUCCCCGCACGUCAUGCUGGACCCCCCUCCCGACGACGAGUUCUCCCCCAAUUCCUAUCUGCUGCGGGCCUGCGCCCCCCCACCCCAGGCCCCCACUGCGGGUCCUCCCAACAGUCACCACAGCCAGUCCCUGCGGCCCCCGCUCCCUCCACCCCACCACCAGUCAUCGGCCAACUCCCUGAGCCGCAACACCCUGGCCGGACGGCGCGGCGCGGCCCACGCCCCCUCGGCGGCCCCCGGGGAGGCGCCCUGCACAGCGGAGUCGGUCCAGCUACAGGACAGCUGGGCGCUGAACAGCAGCGUUCCCCUGGAGACCAGACACUUCCUCUUCAAAACCCCAUCUGGGACCACGCCCCUGUUCAGCAGCUCCUCCCCAGGGUACCCUCUGACCUCUGGGACCGUCUACUCUCCCCCGCCACGGCUGCUACCCAGAAACACCUUCUCCAGGAGCUCCUUCAAGCUGAAGAAACCCUCUAAGUACUGCAGCUGGAAAUGUGCUGCCGUGUCAGCCAUCGCUGCUGCCGUCCUGCUCGCUGUGCUGCUUUCCUACUUCAUAACUCUGAACCUGCUGGGGCUCAACUGGCAGCUGAAGCCGGCUGAUGGUCACCUCAUCAACAACGGCCUUAGCACCGGGCUGCCCGGCAACGGCGACGUGGCAACAGUGCCCUCCGGAGGCAGAGGGCCGUGGCUGUACAGGAACAGCAGUAUUAGUACAGGAGAGCUGGAGGUCGGUCGACGGGUGAGCCAGGACGUCCCCCCGGGAGUGUUCUGGCGCUCCCUGCUGCACCUCCGUCAACCCCAGUUCCUCAAGUUCAACAUCUCCUUGGGCAAAGACGCCCUCUUUGGGGUGUACAUCCGUAAGGGCCUGCCCCCCUCCCAUGCCCAGUAUGACUACAUGGAGCGCCUGGACGGCAAGGAGAAAUGGAGCGUGGUGGAGUCAGCCCGGGAGCGCCGCAGCAUCCACACGGUGGUUCUGAACGAGGCCAUCUUCGUCCAGUACCUGGACCCCGGCACCUGGCACCUGGCCUUCUACAACGACGGCAAGGGGAAGGAGCCGGUGUCCUUCAGCACCGCGGCUCUAGAUUCUAUACAAGAAUGCCCGCAGAAUUGCCAUGGAAAUGGAGAGUGCAUGUCGGGCGUGUGUCACUGUUUCCCAGGAUUCCAUGGGAUGGAUUGUGCCAAAGCGGCCUGCCCGGUCCUGUGCAGCGGUAACGGCCAGUACGACAAGGGCUCGUGCAUCUGCUACAACGGUUGGAAGGGCGCUGAGUGCGACGUCUCGGUGGGCCAGUGCCUCGUCCCAGACUGCAACGGGCACGGCACCUGUACAGAAGGGGCGUGCACAUGCUCCACAGGUUACCGCGGCGACACCUGCGAGGAAGUGGACUGUCUGGAUCCGCGCUGCUCGGGCCACGGCACCUGUGUUAGCGGGCAGUGCCACUGUAAACCAGGUUGGGCUGGUCCGCUCUGUGAGCAUCCCCGGGCCCAGUGCCCAGACCAGUGCCAUGGACAUGGGGCCUUCAUAGCCGACACGGGCGUCUGUAGCUGCGACCCGAACUGGAUGGGACCGGACUGCUCCACGGAGGUCUGUUCAUCGGACUGCGGUGCCCAUGGCGUGUGCGUCGGCGGAGUGUGUCGCUGCGAGGAUGGUUGGACCGGCGCUGGAUGUGACCAGCGCGUCUGCAACCCACUGUGUGUGAAGCAUGGCACCUGCCGGGAUGGGAAGUGUCAGUGCCAACAGGGCUGGAACGGAGAGCACUGCACCAUGGAUGGGUGUCCAGGCCUGUGUAACGGGAACGGUCAGUGUACCCUGGGACAGAACAGUUGGCACUGUGAAUGUCUCACAGGCUGGAGAGGACCCGGCUGCAGCGUCGCCAUGGAGAUCUCUUGUGCCGACAACAAGGACAACGAAGGAGACGGUCUGACAGACUGCAUGGAUCCUGACUGCUGCACCCAGAGCCUGUGCCUGAACGAUCCCCUGUGCCUGGGAGCGAGGGACCCACUGCAGAUCAUCCAGCAGAGCCAAUCACCUUCCCAGAAGGUCAGGUCAUUCUACGACAGGGUCCGCCUACUGGUGGGGAGGGACGGAACCCACAUCAUCCCGGGAAACAACCCUUUCAACUCAAGCCUAGCGGCGCUGAUCAGAGGCCUGGUUCUGACCACGGACGGAACUCCCCUGGUUGGGGUUAACGUGACGUUUGUCAGGCACCCUCAGUAUGGCUACACUCUGACUCGACAGGACGGCACGUUUGACCUGGUGGCCAACGGGGGCUCGUCCCUGACCCUGCACUUCGAACGAGCCCCGUUCCUGAGCCAGGAGCGCACGGUGUGGCUCCCGUGGAACCGGUUCUACGCCAUGGACACCCUGGUUCUCAAGACGGAGGAGAACACCAUCCCGGCCUGUGACCUGAGCGGCUACGUCCACCCGGACCCGCUGGUGGUGGCCUCGCCCCUCUCCUCCUUCUUCAGCUCGCGGUCUGCGGACAGGCACAUCAUCCCUGAGACUCAGGUGGUCCAUGAGCAGCUGGAGAUCCCAGGGACCAGUCUGAAGCUGUGCUAUCUAAGCUCCCGUGCCUCGGGGUACCGAGCUCUGCUGAAGGUCAUUAUGACCCAGGCCCAGGUGCCCCUCUCUCUGGCUAAGGUGCACCUGAUGGUUGCCGUGGAGGGCCACCUCUUCCAGAAGUGGUUCCACGCCUCUCCGAACCUCGCCUACUCCUACAUCUGGGACAAGACAGACGCCUACAGACAGAGGGUCUACGGACUGACUGAGGCCGUGGUGUCUGUGGGCUUUGAGUAUGAGACGUGUCCCAGUCAGAUACUGUGGGAGAAGAGGUCCGCUGUGCUACAGGGCUAUGAGCUGCUUCCAUCCAGCCUGGGGGGCUGGUCGCUGGACAAACACCACACCCUCAACAUCCCCAGUGGAAUCCUGCACAAAGGCAGCGGGGAGAACGUGUUCGUGUCGGAGCAGCAGCCCCCGGUCAUCACCAGCGUCAUGGGCAACGGGCGAAGACGCAGCAUCUCCUGCCCCAGCUGCAGUGGCCUGGCGGAGGGAAACAAGCUGCUGGCGCCCGUGGCGCUGGCCUGCGGCGGAGACGGCAGCCUCUACGUGGGGGACCUCAACUUCGUCCGCCGGGUGUACCCCACCCUGAACACCACGGCCGUGCUGGAGCUCAGAAAUAAGGACUUGAGGCAUGGGAACAACCCAACUCAUAAGUACUACUUGGCAGUGGACCCAAUGUCUGGGGAGCUUUUUCUGUCAGACACCAACACUCGACAGAUCUACCGGGUGCGCUCACUGACCGGCGGACGGCAGUUGCUGGACAACGUCCGGGUGGUGGUUGGGACGGGCGAGCAGUGCGUUCCCUUCGAUGAGGCCCGCUGUGGGGAUGGCGGCAAGGCCGUUGAGGCCACACUCAUGGGUCCUCGGGGGAUUGCCGUGGAUAAAAAUGGGCUGAUGUACUUCGUGGACGCCACCAUGAUCCGUAAGGUGGACCAGAAUGGCAUCAUCUCCACCCUGAUUAAGACCAACGACCUCACAGCAGUCCGUCCACUCAGCUGUGACUCCAGCAUGGACGUCAGUCAGGUGCGUCUGGAGUGGCCCACUGACCUGGCGGUGAACCCCACAGACAACUCCCUGUACGUCCUGGAGAACAACGUGGUCCUGCGCAUCACUGAGAACCACCAGGUCAGCAUCAUCGCCGGGAGGCCCAUGCACUGCCAGGUCCCGGGCAUCGACUACUCCCUGAGCAAGCUGGCCAUCCACUCGGCCCUGGAGAGCGCCACGGCCAUCGCCAUAUCCCACAGCGGCGUGCUCUACAUUGCCGAGACAGACGAGAAGAAGAUCAACCGCGUGCGGCACGUCGCUGCCUCCGGGGAGAUCUCCCUGCUCGCCGGCGCCACGUCCGAGUGCGACUGCAAGAACGACGUCAACUGCCAGUGCUUCUUUGGCGACGACGGCUACGCCACGGACGCGGGCCUCAACGCGCCCUCCUCGCUCGCCGUGUCACCCGACGGCACGCUGUUCAUCGCUGACCUCAACAACAUCCGGGUGCGGGCGGUGCGCCGCAACAGGCCCACGGCCACGCCCCUGGGGCUGUACGAGGUGGGGUCGCCACAGCAGCAGGAACUCUACGUGUUCGGCAGGGACGGCCUCCACCGGCAGACGCUCAGCCUCAUCACCGGAGAGCCCCUGUACAACUUCACCUACGGGCCGGACGGCGAGCUGGCGUCCGUGGCCGACAACUGCAACAACACGCUGCGGGUGAGGCGGGACAGCUCCGGCCAGCUGAGGCUGGUUCUGCUGCCGGAGAACCAGGUGGUCACCCUGGGCCUGGACCCGGCCGGAGGCCUGCGCGCCGUGUCCGCCCUCAACCAGGAGGUGGCGCUAAUGACAUACGCCGCCUAUACAGGCCUGCUGGCCUCCAAGUCCGAUGAGACUGGAUGGACCAGCUUUUAUGAGUAUGACAGCGAGGGGCGUCUGACCAAUGUCACGUACCCCACUGGAGCUGUGACCAGCCUGCACCGAGACGUGGGGCAGUCCAUCCACAUCGACAUGGAGAGCUCCAACCGGGACGACGACGUCACCGUCAUCACGAACCUGUCCUCCGUAGAGGCGUCCUACACCGUGGUGCAAGACCAAGUGCGGAACAACUACCAGUUCUGUUACAACGGCACUCUGCGGGUGUCGUACGCCAACGGCAUGGGCCUGAGCUUCCACACGGAACCCCACCUCCUGGCCGGCUCAGUCAGCCCCACCAUUGGUCGACGCAACAUCACUCUGCCCACUGACAGCGGGCUGAACUCCAUUGAGUGGAGGAUGAGGAAGGAAGUGAUCAAGAGCAAAGUGACCGUGUAUGGCAGGAAGCUGAGGGCCCACGGCAGGAACCUGCUCUCCAUUGACUUUGACCGCAACACCCGCACCGAGAAGAUCUACGACGACCACCGGAAGUUCACGCUGAGGAUCAUGUACGACCAGCAGGGCCGGCCGGCCACGUGGCUGCCCAGCAGCAGUCUGGCCGUGGUCAACGUGUCCUACGCACCCAGCGGGCGCCUGGUCGGCCUGCAGAGAGGCAGCAUGAGUCAGAGGAGCGAGUUCGACAGCUUCGGACGCAUCCUCUCGCGCACCUUUGUGGACGGGAAGGUGUGGAGCUUCAGCUACCUGGACAAGUCCAUGGUGCUGCUCCUCCAGCAGAGUCAGCGGCAGUAUGUGUUUGAGUUUGACACCUCGGGCCGCGUCACCUCCGUCACCAUGCCCAGCAUGGCCCGUCACACCAUGUCCACCCACGUGUCCGUCGGCUACAUCCGAAACAUCUACAACCCCCCCGAGAGCAACGCCACCAUCAUCCACGACUUCAGCGAGGACGGACGACCGCGCGCUAUCUUCUACCUGGGCACGGGCCGGCGGGUGGUCUACAAGUACGGCAAGCUGGCCAAGCUGUCUGAGAUUCUGUACGACGGCACGGCCGUGACCUUCGGCUACGACGAGACAGCCGGAGUCUUGAAGAUGGUCAACCUGCAGAGUGGGGGAUUCUCCUGUACCAUCCGCUACCGUAAGGUGGGCCCCCUGGUGGACAAACAGAUGUACCGUUUCUCAGAGGAGGGCAUGGUCAACGCCCGCUUUGACUACACCUACCACGACAACAGCUUCCGCGUGGCCAGCGUCAAGCCUGUGAUCGGUGAGACUCCUCUGCCUGUAGAACUCUACCGCUAUGACGAGAUCUCCGGCAAGGUGGAGCACUUUGGCAAGUUCGGCAUCAUCUACUACGACAUCAACCAGAUCAUCACCACGGCCGUGAUGACCCUCAGCAAGCACUUCGAUGCCCACGGCCGCAUCAAAGAGGUCCAGUACGAGAUCUUCCGGUCCCUGAUGUACUGGAUGACGGUGCAGUAUGACAGCAUGGGCCGGGUCAUCAAGAGGGAGCUGAAGAUCGGGCCGUACGCCAACACCACGCAGUACCGCUACGAGUACGACGGCGACGGCCAGCUCAUCGGGGUCAAGGUCAACGACUGGUCCGCGUGGCGCUACAGCUACGACCUGAACGGCAACCUGCACCUACUGAACCCGGGGAACAGCGCCCGUCUGCUACCGCUGCGCUACGACCUGCGGGACCGCAUCACCCGCCUCGGGGACAUGCAGUACCGCGUGGACGAGGACGGGGUCCUGAGCCAGCGCGGCAGCGACGUGUUCCAGUACAACUCCAACGGACAGCUGGAGCUGGCCUACAGCCGUCUGCCCGGGGGUUGGAGCGUCCGCUACCGCUACGACGGUCUGGGGCGCCGCGUCUCCAGGAAGACCAACGACGGGCAGCACCUGCAGUUCUUCUACGCCGACCUCAACUACCCAGGCAGGAUUAGCCACAUGUACAACCACUCGGCGGGGGAGAUCACCUCCUUCGACUACGAUCUGCAGGGCCAUCUGUUUGCCAUGGAGGUGAGUGGCGGAGAGGAGUUCUACAUCGCCUCGGACAACACGGGAACGCCGCUCGCUGUCUUCAGCAGCAACGGACAGAUGGUCAAGCAGCUCCAGUACACGGCCUACGGGGAGGUGUACCACGACUCCAACCCCGACUUCAACAUGGUGGUGGGUUUCCACGGCGGGCUUUACGACCCCCUAACCAAGCUGGUUCACUUUGCCCAGAGGGACUACGAUGUACUGGCUGGCAGGUGGACUGCACCGGACCAUAAACUCCUGCCUAAGGUUGGCAGGGAACCAGCCCCGUUCAAUUUGUACAUGUUCAAAAACAACAACCCCCUUAGUGACAUGAUAGACGUCAAGAGCUAUGUGACAGAUGUGAAGAGCUGGUUGGUGAUGUUUGGAUUCCAGCUCAGUAACAUCAUACCCGGCUUCCCCAGGCAGACCAUGUAUUUUGUAGAGCCGCCUUACGAACUGCUGGCGAGCCAGGACUGUGAGACCGCUCAGCUGAUAACCGGCGUGCAGCAGGCAGCAGAGCGCCACAACCAGGCCUUCAUGGCUCUGGAAGGGAAGCAGCUCAACAAGGGGCAGUGGGCCAAACGGGAAAAGCCUGGCUACUGGUUUGGCACCAGUGUGCCCAUUGUUGGCCGCGGGAUGAUGCUGGCCAUCAAGGAGGGCCAUGUGGUGACCGGCGUGUCGGGCCUGGCCAGCGAGGACAGCCGCAAGGUGGCCCAGGUCUUGAACAACGCCGUGUACCUGGAGGGAACCCACUACACCAUCGACGGCAGGGACUGCCACUUCUUUGUGAAGCUGGGCCUCGGUGACAGUGACCUGCUGUCUCUGGGCCUGAGCAGCGGGAGGAGAGCCCUGGAGGGCGGCGUCAACGUGACGGUCAGCGGACGGUCCCGCCGGGGCCUCACCAUCGAGAUCCACACGGCGGCUCUGUCCCUGAGCGUGCGCUACGGCCUGACGGCGGACACGCUUGAGAAGGAGCGGAGUCGCCUCCUGGAGCAGGCACACCAGAGAGCCCUGUCGGGUGCCUGGACGAAGGAGCAGCAGCGUCUGAGGGAGAGCAGAGAGGGGGGGAGCCAGUGGGCUGAGGGGGAGAGGCAGCAGCUCCUGGCGACAGGGAAGGUGCCGGGCUACGAUGGCUACUAUGUGCUGCCGGUGGAGCAGUACCCGGAACUGGCGGACAGCAGCAACAACAUCCAGUUCCUCAGACAGAGUGAGAUGGGAAGGAGGUAACAGCACAACAAAGCCCCUCUGACACUUCAUCUCCUGGGGAGAGUAGACGUGGGGUAUACCUGCUGACGUUUCAGAGGACUCGGCCUACACAGACGGAUGCUUUGAGGACAGCAAAAACCAGUGCCUGUGUUUGUUCGAUGAUUUAGAAAAGCACUCCUAACUACUGAUGAUGUGAACUGUACCAACUUUUUUUGUAUGAGGUAAAUGGACAUUUGGAUAAAUGGUGAAUAUUUUUUCAAAUUUUUUGGGGGGGAGGGAGGGAUUGGUAUUGAUGCCAAUGAGAACAAGGUUAUCUGCCAUUCCGACAAGUUAUCAGAUGUUACCUACCUGCCCCGGGCACAGACAAUGACGAACCCAGUCGAGGCUUCAGUUUCCAAUGGCUAAACUACUCAAACUGAAUCAAGCCAGUAUCUGGAGAGCGUAGAGCCAUCACUCGCCAACACGGUCAUGAUAAUGAGCAACGCUGACCCUGAAUUGUUCUUCAUUCAAGUACAUAGUAAAAUAUGGUAUCAUUUAACGAAGAUUGAGAAUGUGACGUGUGUAGAUUUGUAUGUUCCUGUGCAGUAGACAUUAACUUGGACACUCCUGUAGACUUAUCCAAGUCUGGAAACUCCCUUUCACCAUAGUGAAAUUUCAAGAAAAAUGCAAAUGGAUUCAAGGAUUUCAGGCUAUUUAUUUUAAUUAGGUUUUUUUUCUUGCUCUUUUUUCGUUUUGCACUAUACGACAAUCACAACAGAUUUGUAUUGAGGAUGACAUGCAUACGACUUGUUUUUCUUUUUGUAAAAUAUGAAAGUAUUGUCAUUUUUUUAUGUAUUAAAAUUUGCAGCCCAAAAAAACAUCACAGAUGAAAUAUGAUGUAUGUCGUGUUUUGACAUUGGUUAUAUCAAGUCUUUACAGCUGUGAGGCCUGUUUCCCUACACAGUACCAAGUAAAAACUGUACAUUCAAUUCAACCGGGAACAAUCCACUUCAUGAAAGUUGUCUAAUUUGUACAUUUCUCAAAAGGAGUGGCUUUACUGUUGUUCUGUGAAAAACCGUGAAAGGGAUGUUUUGUUACUGAUCUUAUAGUUGAUUGCCAAAUCUCAAACAUCCCCUUUUAAUACUAGAGCUUUGAAUUCCUUUUUUCCCUCUGUAACCACCAGUAGCCUAUCUGUAAAAAUCUAUUUUCACUGUGAGGAAUCACAGCAUGUAUGUUCAUAUGUACAUGAAUAUGAAUCAUGAAACAUUCUUUACACUAGGACCAGGAUUAUGUGGGAAGUUGAUCAGAAUAAACUUUUUUUUUUUUUCAUGUGG